UUUGGAGUAAUGAUUUGGUUAAAAGUACGUUAGCAUCUUAAACUGAUGAAAUAGAGACAUACUACGAAUCAGUGAAGUAAUAAAUAAAAAAUAACUGUAGAGUUCUGAAGUCACCAUACAGUUAUGGUUUGUUAUUAUCAAUCGUUAGAACCUAAUAAUUAAAAACUUAUUAAAGAAUACAAAUCUGUCAAGGUUGGGAGAAACAAAUUUUUAAAAUUUCAUCGUGGCUCCUUUUAUUUUCACAACAUUUGUUAUGUUGUUUUCUAUUUAGUUUUAAAUUGGAAAUGUGUGUUUGAACGUAUAAUCAUCUGUAUAUAGUUGUACUUCUUGGAUCCUGACGUUUGUUUUAACAUAUCUAAAUGUAUCGUAUUAUAAUCAACGUGAGCACGUUAUCCAAUGGCUAAUUAUGUUACUGAUCAAAAAAUAUCUAUGAACCAAUCAGAGCCGUUGUUGCUGGAAUGACGAUCGGUGCACUUUUGACAAGCCUUGCAAUUCCGAGUCGACCGCUUAGCGAAGUUGAUGAAUACUACUUUGGUAGAAAGUGGGAUUAAACAUGGUUUUAAAUAAGAUCGUGUAUUUAUUGUUAUAGUGUCGUUGGGAUACCUUGUGUGAUAAAAAACACUGGCUUUGCUUCCAGCUCGUUAUUUUCUUACUUCCCGCACUUAACGCUACUGUCAUAAUGCUAACUAGCUAGCUAACGCUACGUUAGCCCAAAUGAACACUGAAUUUUAAUGGUGCGUUGUGGUGAAACUUCUUUUUUUUUAUCUUCACGUCAAAAGGCUCAUAGACAAGAGCAGAAAUCACCAACGUUUUGGAUGGCGGUAGCACCCGCUUUUAUGGCGGAUAAGAUCAUUGUCUUGGAUGAUGAUGAUGAAGAUGAAGAGGAGAGGCCUCGGCCCACAUGGUCUCCCUCAGUCUCGUCCUCUCAACAACAUGCCAAAAAGGUCUUUCCUCCCAGAGCCCAGCAGCCUGCCCCUACACACAUUACCCAGUCGCCUUUUGCCUCAGCGAAGAAGGACAAGCAUGUUCUGCAGGCUGAGAAUCAGAGGUUGUUCACCGAGUUUGUGGAGCAUUGCUCUAGUCUCACCCAGAGCUGCCCCGAAGUCUUGACCUUCCUCCAAACCAAGCAUGCCAAGGCCUCCCCGGAGUACCUGACAUCCGUGGAGUUCAGAAACACCUUGGGGCGAUGUUUGACUCGCACUCAGGCCAACCGGUCCAAAGCCUUUGUCUACAUCAAUGAACUGUGCACUGCACUCAGGCAGCGUGCUGUGAAGAGGAGGCAGACCCUCUCUAAGGUUGAAGCUGGCCCUUCUACCUCAUCAAGUACUCUCCUUUUGGGCAAAUCGGAGGUAAACUCUACAGAUGGGACUAAAGAGGAGGAAGGGGCGAACCCUGCAGAGGAGGAUAAGCAACCUUCCACCUCAAGGCUGCAGGAGGGCGACAAUAGGGAGGACCAGGAAGACCAGAAAAGGGCCAAGAGAGCGUCCAGGAAACAGAUAGCGUACCUGGAGAACCUGCUGAAGGUGUACAACGACGAGAUCUACCGCCUGCAGCAUGCCGAGCUGAAUUUAGAUGACUUGGGAGCGGAGGACUCUUUAUACAUCCAAGAACACAAGCUCAAACGCAAGAUGAUAAAGAUUUAUGAAAAGCUGUGCGAGCUAAAGAACUGCAGCACCCUAACGGGCCGAGUCAUUGAGCAGAGGAUCCGCUACAAUAGCACUCGUUACCCUGAGAUCAACAAGAAGAUCGAGCGUUUCAUCAACAGCCCGGAGGCGCAGCAGAACCCUCCGGAUUACCAAGACAUCCUGCAGCAGGUGCUGCGCGCUAACGAGCGCCACAAACUGUGCCUGAGUCGAAAGCAGCUGAACCAGAUCGCCCAGGAGGCCUUCAGAGAGACCGGGAGCUGCCUGCAAGAGAGACGCCACCUGGACCUGGUGUACAACUUCGGCUCGCGCCUCACUGACGCCUACAAGCCUGCCACUGACCCGGCUCUGGCAGACCCCUCACUGCUGCGGAAGCUUCGGUCUAACAGAGAAGUGGCUCUGUCCCGUCUGGAGGGGGUCAUCACCAGCUUCGCCAUCCAACAGGAGGACACAGAGGAGCAAGACCGGGCCAGACGGCUGGAGAAAGACCGCAAGGACAAAGAGGCUCCCAAAUCUGAAAACGGAGAAGAAAAUAAAGAGGUGAAUGGAGUGGAGGAGGAAGAGGAGGAUGACGAUGAAGAUGAUGAAUCAUCAGACCCCGACAUUGAGGAAGAGAUCCAGGCCAGCACCCAGCAGGAUGGACCAGACGGGGACGAGAACGACGACAAUGAUGGCAACGAGGCGGAAUGUGAUGGUACCGACAGGGAGGGCCAGACGGAUCAGCUGGCACCAAGUGUUUCUCCUGGGGAGGAAGAAAGCAAGAAAGAUGAGGACGAGGCGCCAGCCACUGGACUCAGCCCUCUUUCUGAUGAGAGCAAGUCCCAAAUCUCUCCGCUGUCCGACAUCCCCUCCCCAAAACAAAGCCCCAGCCAAUCGGAGCCAAUGCAGACUGAUGACCAGACGCCCUUGUCCAAUGGCAACCAUGCCGUGUUAGAAGAGCCUGUGGAUUCCUCCAAUCACGUUUCAGUCGUGCUGGUGAGCACAAGCAAAGGAACCGAAGACCCUGGGGACGUUUCUCUGGCAAAGGCCAACAGGGGGGGGUCUUUGGCCCUGUCGCCGGUGGUGGUCGUGGAAAGUUGUGACACGCAGACUACGAAUGGCACGUCGCCGCCGCUCAGCCUCAGAGCCACAAGAAGCCAGAAGAGGAAGAGGGAGGACAUGACGCCCGAGAACUCAAGGAAUAAUAAGCACAUUCUCAUCCAUGACAGUGAGGUAGACAUCCCGCUGGAUACGGACGUUUUCAGCAGCAAAUCUCCAGAGCAGGCGAAGUCAACCCGAGCGGACACUCCAACCAAUGAAAUGGUCAGCAGCUCUCAGUCGACUCCGCCCCCCAAGAAAAACAAGGUUAACGUGGCCACACAGUGUGACCCCGAUGAGGUCAUCGUCCUGUCAGACUCAGAGUGACCCCCCCUUUGACUCCUUCCUAUUCUGCACAAGUGGUCUCCAUCCCACCUGUAUUCUGGAAUCCUGAGAGGAUGUUUUUAAGGACGGUUCUUGUUUCCUGGCUUGUUGCAAGACGAAGAAGCUAUAUUUCUUCCGCCAAAAAAAUGUGAAACCUCUGCCAGAAUGAUCCAAACAUACAAUAUCGAACUUACGAAUGGACAAGUGCAGGUUGUACCUGUGGAAGAAGAGAAACCUACGCAUCUAGUACCUCAUGUUGCUUGAUUAAAUAGAACCAAACAGAAGUCAAGGGAAGUGUUUUUGUAAAAGACAAAUAAUUGUGGCCAUUUUCAACCUGAUUUAGUUUUUGUAAAAUCAAGCCGUCGGCGUCGUCUUCUGCUCCCGAGAACAGAGCGGAGACGCUGGCCGACGUCCACCAAGGAGACCUCUGCUGUUUUGGGAGCAGGGAAGAUGACCUCAUCGUAUCUAUCGGGUGAUGCGAGCAGCCCGACUUGUGCCGCUCGGGACAACGCUAGUAACGUGUCAGCCAAUGGCAGCACUGAAAUGAGGAGAACCCUGGUUCCAGGGGGUUUAGGUAAGAAACCAGUGGCUGAAAACAGCUGUGCAGCAGGACGCUCACUGCCAGUUUUUCAUUUUUAUAGAUUUAGUUUUUUCCUGAAGGCGAGAGGGGGGGUAGUGUUCCAUCACCCCAAUGAACAUGGACUCUGCAGUGUUCGUCAGUCCCACAUACAAAAUGGGUUUUGGUUUGUUGAGUGAUGUUUGCAUAAUAGAUAAAGUAUUCAGGGGUUCUGGGGAAUGCAUGAUGAUAAGAAGAAGGAGAAGAAGUGGACUGGCACAUGGUCGGUUGGGGUCUUUGUGUGUUGACAUGGAGCUUUACCCUUUAUGUAUCUAUAGCACCAAUGCUUCUUUGUGAUUGUGACACAUCUCAAAGCAAAAGGGGGGAGUUCAGAUCGAAAAAUGUCCUCCGAUGCAUCUUCAUCAGAGUUGAGUUUCACUUGUGCCUCUGUCCGACCCAUCUGAUGGCUACAUUUAUUCACUUGGCCCCCGGAUUUAAAACCCAACUCAAAGCUUAGAAGUUAAGUUAAAUUACAGAUGUGGUUGUUUAAAAAAAAACAACUGCAUUUCCUAGUAAAGGAUCCUAAGCUCCUGAGUAUCGAGCACAGGAACAUUUUAUUGGUUCACUUUCAUACCAAUAAUCAUUUGUGGGCAGAGCUUUUACAUUUGCGUUCCCUCUUGGGCAUCACAUCUAUGCCCAUUACAUUUAAAACGUCUACAUCCCUAUUGUAUUUAUAGAAGUAUUCUUUUCAGUUAAAAGAGACAACCUCAAAGAUCUCCCUUUUGUUUGCGGCUGUGUUCCAGCAGAGAUGCACUUCUUCUGCUGAGAGUGAAGGGCUUCCAUCAUUGGGCCUUGAGCUCAUCCCCACGGUGUCAUCUCACCACUCGCAACAUUUCCUAAAGAUCUUGGUGAUUGUUGAUAGAUUUAUUUUAGAGACCGGUAUUUAUUUGGUUGUUGGCUGGCUGUAUCUCGGGGUCUUCUAGUGGGGGGGGGGAUACUUUUUUAUCCUGACAACAAUCAAAAGUUUUCUGCUCCUUUUUGUAUUUCCCUAAGGUGAAAUAAAGAAUUCGGGUAAAUGGUCUUUUCGGACUUAAUAGAAUGUAGACCUGUAUUGUAGUUGUCAUAGCUCUCUUCUAUCAGGCUUCAUUUAUGCAGUGGUGUCAUCCAAAAUAAACUGUGAUUCUUUCUUUUUCAUUUUUGAUAAAUAAAUGAUGCUUUUUUAUAAAUAUA